GUCAACGGGUUACCAUUGGGUUAGAUAUUUGGGCCCUACUGUCUUGCUGUUUAGUUUCUUACCUUCCCACAUAGUGCACGAUCUACUGCAUCACCGACUGUCUAUCUAGACCAAUUGUUGUCGUCAAUGCUGGGUUCUCUUGGAGUCACUCUUGCUAGCACUGCAAGCCUUGCUUCUCCUACUAGUAGUCAAAAGACUAUGGACUCUCUUUUACACAGUCUUUCUAUAGCCACCACCAUGAAUGGCUCUUCAGAUGCUCAUUCCAUGUCUUUUGAACUCGACGAUUUUGCUCAUAUCAAGCGAUCCAUUACUGCUGAAAUGACCGACAUCCGCAGUAAUUUUAGAGCACUCCAAACAUUCUGUAAUAGAUUAGCCGCAGUUCUAACUGCUCUGCAUCAGCACCGCUCCCACUCGGUUGCUACAAACAGAACCUUGCAAUGCUUGCCAGCCUUUCUUGCGAGUGUCCAACUCUUCUUCUCAUCUCAUGCUACCAAGAACACUCUACGCCAAUUCCUGAAUGCCCGUGUUGUGGCGGAACAGCUCGAGAUCUUUGAUCAGGUGCUGCUAACUCUCUCCAAAUCUAUGGAUCUAUCACUACAUCUUGAACCACACAUUGUUUCUAUGGCGUCUCGCACUGAUUUGGAGGAGCUGGCAAAUGUUCUAUAUUAUUUGACUAGCGAGCGUAUUGAAGAUCAACGUAUGGAGACUCUGUACGAUCUGGCUUUGUUUGAUCUAGAUCUACUUCCACUUGAUGUUGCAGGUGCUCUGCGUGUAGAAUUCUGCACAUUGGCUGAUCGUAUUAAACAAUCUACAGGUCGUGGCUUAUCAGAGCAUCACUCAUGGUCUAUUAGUAGUAACGAUAUUCAAAAAAUAGUGUUUUCCGCCACGGAUUCUCCUACCACUAAAGAACAGCUGUCAUCCACGUAUAGAGCUGUGUGGAAUGGUCAUGAAGUCCAAGUAACUACCAUUUUGCCCGUCAAGAGCCGCGAAGCUGCUGCACAAUUAGAGUGCGAGGCAGAUCAAUGGCAAUCUCUAAACCAUCCAAACAUUUUAAAAUUAUUUGGCUUGUGUCUAAACUCUGAUAUCCCUCAAUUAGUAACACCUGUCACAUAUGCAAAUUUGGCAUCCCUUCUUGAAAGAAGCCCAAUGAUGGAUGUGGUCACUCGUAGUGAGUAUAUUGUUGGAAUAGCAAACGGAGUAAAAUACUUGCAUUCAUUGCCACAGCCCAUUGUCCAUGGCGAUCUUAGAGCCGCGAACAUCUUUAUAGGCCUUCAUGACGAAGUUUUGGUCUCUAAUUUUGGACUUGCGUCACCCAAGAGACUUACUCCACUGCCGCCAGAUUCAAUCCGAUGGAUGGCACCUGAGCAGUAUGUUCGCAACUAUAGUCCUGUUCCUUCUCUGGAUGUAUUUUCCUUUGCGAUGACCUGUUAUGAAGUACAGACAGGGUUGGUUCCUUUUUACGAGCAAAUUCACGAGCAUAUAGUUCAAGGCUGGAUGAACAAUGGUGAAAGGCCUUAUCGCCCUGUAAAUGUGCCCGAUGCCAUUUGGAACGUCAUGCAGCGUUGUUGGACUCAAGACCCAUUAAUGCGUCCUACUUUCAAGUGGAUCUGUCAGAAUCUGGAUUGGAUAGCAGCAGGUUAUCUGAAUAGUGGCGCUUUGGGCACUUUAAGCACUUUUGCUAGAUUGGUGCCUGCAUCGUCUCCUUCUUUUAAUCGAAUUAGUUUAUCUAGUGUUAGUGCUCCUUUUUCAAAUAGAUACUCGACAUCCCGUUCUGGAUUUCAGCAACCGGCUCAGUCAUCAUCUCUUCUUGGUCAUUCAGGAACAGCAGGUCUAAGAGGUAGAUUCCAUUCUCUCACUGAUAUCUCCAAGCUUUCGAUGCACGACGAAGCUAUCGAGAGCGUUCGUCGUUAUAAAUCGCACUCGGAGAAUGUAUCCUUUUUGUCGUCCAAUUUCGAGGACAAUGUUUUUUCUACCUAUCCAGCAUCUUCGUCGUCUUUUCUACACGAUGCUAUCCAGAAUAACCUUGUAUGCCAUUCCCCUCCUUUGAUUCAUUCGUCUAAUGAUACGGAUACCACUAUAAAAGCUGAGUCGCCUAUUUUUGUCUUAGAUAUCAACACUGACCAGGAAGAAAUAAGAGCUGUUGACAAGUAUAAAGAAGAAGGCGGGUUGGCUUUAAAAACACCCUUAAACUAUGCCACUGUAGUCAAGGUUCCUGCCCAUACAUCGUCCUCUGUUGAAUGCACUACUACAGCACCUUUAUCUGGAAAAUCAGUCUCGACUGCAGAGACUGCUUCAUCAAGUGUAGCACCUAAAGGAACGACGGCAUCGGUUCAGUCGGCUUUGUCUGGUACCGGUUCAUUGACAGCCCUUUCAGCUAUAAAUACUCGCGAGUUUCAGAUCCUCAAUCAAGCGUUUCCUUUUUGGAUCCAAAAGCAUGGUGUCACUGCCUCUAGACUUGCUAAUCGAGUUUGUGACGCUGUUGAUGUGUGGGAUCCAACAUGCAAAAACUUUUCGAUCAAACCGUCAUUGGAAUGGCAUGAGAAUGGGCAUUUAAGUGUCAUAGCAUUACAUCGUAGUGGCUUGAAUGGGCAGAUUCCAAAAGAAAUUGGUAAACUGGUUAAUUUAACUCGCCUCGAUUUCGGUGUCAACUAUUUUGAUGGUCCGAUUCCAAAGGAAAUAGGAAAACUAGUCAAGCUUGAACAGCUAUCAUUGCAUAAGAAUUCCUUUACUGGGCCAAUUCCUAAAGAAUUUGGGAAUUUGGUUGAGAUGAAGUGGCUUCGUUUGGAUCACAACAGGCUUUCUGGAAAGCUACCCAAGGAGUUUGGUCAAAUGGUUAAACUAAUGCAACUCUGCAUUGACGGAAAUUCCAUCAGCAGAGAAAUUCCGGCACAGGUAUAUGAACUUCCAGAACUGCGCGAAUUCCGAUGUGAUAGCGACAGUUCUAACCAUCGUUGAAACAAGUUUGAACCUUUUUUCAAUGUGACCCAACUCGUAACGCAUACUUUGAGCCUCGCUGAUCUUGUGAAAUGAUGCCUAUUGAUAUUGAAAGCGCGGAUGAUUGAGAUAGGGUUCAAAGUAAUCAUGUCAUUCACCAUUCUAUACUGUUUUCAAUUUUAUCUUAGCAAUCAUUUUUAAACCUUGUACAAUUCAACACUCAAUGUAUGAGUUCCAAUGAAUUCAAUAGCAAGUGCACCUGAAUUAAGGUUUAAAUCA